GUAUAUCCAUAUAGCAAUGUGAGAACAGACUAAUACAUGUGGCCUACUGACCAGGACAAUGACACCUCACCAUACUCUAGCUGGGAGAGAUGCCCAUGACCAUGGACCAGAAGCUUCCCCUGGUGCCAGAAUCCCAAACUGGGAUCUCAAAAACUUCGGCAGACUCUGGAGGGGCCUUAAAGAGGUCGAGGGAAUCAUGAACUGAUUCAUUUUUAACCUGAAAGUCAUGGCAUUUUCUCAGAAAUUACCAAGAUUAUGUUUUCUCCCAUUUGGUGAAAAUGGGGCUUACAAAAACAGUGAGUAAUAGAAAUUGUUACAUUCUCUUUUUGCACACCCAGCUUGAUAAUUGCUACCAUAGUCACCCAUUUGAGAUGUGGUGUUAGGUGUUUCUUGGGAAUCUGCAAGGUGCUCUGAGAGUGGACUGAAGAGAGGCACAAAACUUCACUAGAAGCUCUGGCCAAGUUUUUGUUUUCACUACAAUCAUGUUUGUUUUUUUUUUUUUUUAGAUACAGCUGUCAUCAAGAGAAGGCCUACUUUGAAAAGUAGAUGGCAGGAAUUUUGAAUACAAGAAAGGAGUUCCCUGGGCAGAUGGAACAGACAAGGCAUGAAGAAGUGAAGGUCUCAACAGAGACACAGAGGCAGAACAGAAUAUGUUUAUAACAAAGCUUGGAAAAUACUAAAGGUUAAAGGAGAAUUGAGAGCUGCCAAGGAAAUGAAAGAUGAGGCAGGGGAGAGAGACAGAGAAGUGAGCAGCCUGAACAGCAAGCUGUUAAGCCUGCAACUUGACAUCAAGAAGCUGCAUGAUGUCUGCAAGAGACAAAGGAAGACCUUGCAAGACAAUCAGCUCUGCAUGGAGGAGGCAAUGAACAGCAGCCACAACAAGAAGCAAGCACAGGCAUUAGCAUUCGAGGAGUCGGAGAUGGAGUUUGGGUCCAGUAAACAGUGUCAUCUGAGACAACUCCAGCAACUGAAGAAAAAACUGCUGGCCCUUCAACAAGAACUGGAGUUUCGCACAGAGGAGUUGCAGACUUCUUACUGUUCUCUCCUGCAGUAUCAGUCCAUCCUAGAGAAGCAGACUUCCGACCUGGUUCUUCUGCACCAUCACUGCAAACUGAAAGAAGAUGAGGUGAUUCUCUAUGAGGAGGAAAUGGGAAAUCACAACAAGAACACAGAGGAGAAACUCCAUUUGGCACAAGAGCAACUCGCCUUGGCCGGGGACAAGAUCGCCUCCCUAGAAAGGAGCUUAAGCCUCUACAGGGAUAAAUACCAGUCUUCCCUAAGCAACGUCGAAUUACUAGAAUGCCAAGUGAAGAUGUUGGAGGGGGAGCUCAGUGGGAUCAUUGGUCAGGACCCUGAGAACAAGGGUGAUCAUUCAAAGGUGCGGAUAUACACUUCUCCUUGCAUGAUUCAAGAGCAUCAGGAGACCCUGAAACGACUGUCUGAAGUCUGGCAAAAAGUCUCUGAACAGGAUGAUCUCAUUCAAGAACUUCGAAAUAAGCUGGCCUGCAGUAAUGCUUUGGUUCUGGAGCGUGAAGAGGCUUUGAUAAAACUACAGGCAGACUUUGCUUCCUAUACAGCCACCCACAGAUACCCUCCUAGCUCCUCAGAAGAGUGUGAAGACAUCAAAAAGAUCCUGAAGCACUUGCAGGAGCAGAAAGACAGCCAGUGCCUGCACGUGGAGGAGUACCAGAACCUGGUGAAGGACCUGCGCAUGGAACUAGAGGCCGUGUCGGAACAGAAGAAAAACAUCUUGAAAGACAUGAUGAAGCUGGAGCUGGACCUGCAUGGGCUACGGGAGGAGACAUCUGCCCACAUCGAGAGGAAGGAUAAGGACCUUGCCAUCCUGCAGUGCCACCUGCAGGAGCUGCAGCUGCAGUUCGCCGAAACCCAAAAGCUCGCUUUGAAGAAAGACAAGUUCCUCCAAGAGAAAGAUGAAAUGCUGUGUGAGCUGGAGAAGAAACUGGCACAGGUUCAGAACUGCCUCCUGAAAAAGGAAAAGGAGCUGGAGAAGCAGCAGUGCGUGACCACAGAACUUGAAAUGACCAUCAGGGAGGCUAAGCAGGACAAGUCCAAGGAUGUGGAGUGCGAGGCCCUGCAGACAGAGGUCCAGAAGCUGAAGAACAGUCUAGAAGAGGCCAAGCAGCAGCAGAGGCUGGCUGCUCAGCAAGCAGCCCAGUGCAAAGAAGCGGUGGCGCUGGCAGGCAGUAACCUGGAGGACGCUCAGAGAAAACUGCAGAACUCCCUCCUCCUGGACAAGCAGAAAGCAGACACCAUCCAGGAACUACAGCGAGAACUUCAGAAGCUGCAGAAGGAAUCCUUGAUGGCUGAGAAGGAACAAACCUCCAACAGAAAACGGGUGGAGGAGUUGUCAUCAGAACUCUCUGAAGCCCUAAGGAAGCUCGAAAAUUCAGACAAGGAAAACAGGCAGCUUCAGAAGACAGUGGAUGAGCAGGAUAUGAAAAUGAAUGACAUGCUUGAUCGUAUCAAGCUCAUUCAGCACCAGCAAAGGGAGCAAGCCUCCACUCAACGCAAGUUAGAAGAUGAUCUUCAGGAGGCCACAAAGCUACUGGAGGAGAAACGGGAGCAGUUGAAGAAGAGCAAAGACCAUGAGAAGCUGAUGGAGGAAGAACUUGAAGCUUUGCAGCAGGAAUUUAAAAAGAAAGACAAGACGUUGAAAGAGAAUUCCAGAAAGUUGGAGGAAGAAAAUGAGAAGCUUCGAGCAGAGCUACAGUAUUGUUCUACACAACUGGAAUCCUCUAUUAACAAAUACAACACCAGCCAGCAAGUCAUCCAAGACUUGAAUAAAGAGAUAGCCCUUCAGAAGGAGUCCUUAAUGAGCCUGCAGGCCCAGCUGGACAAAGCUCUGCAGAAGGAGAAGCACUAUCUCCAGACCACGAUCACCAAAGAAGCCUAUGACGCGUUAUCCCAGAAGUCAGCCGCCUGCCAGGAUGACUUGACACUAGCCCUCGAGAAGCUCAAUCACGUGACCUCGGAGACAAAGAGCCUGCAGCGAAGCUUGACACAGACCCAAGAGAAGAAAGCCCAGCUGGAGGAGGAAAUCAUUGCUUAUGAGGAAAGGAUGAAAAAGCUCAAUAUAGAAUUAAAGAAAUUGCAGGGCUUCCACCAGGAGAGUGAGCUAGAGGUGCAUGCCUUCGACAAGAAGCUAGAGGAGAUGAGCUGCCAGGUGCUUCAGUGGCAGAAGCAACACCAGAAUGACCUCAAGAUGCUGGCAGCCAAAGAGGAGCAGCUCAGGGAGUUCCAGGAGGAGAUGGCUGCCCUGAAAGAGAACCUCCUUGCAGACGAAAAGGAGCCCUGCUGCUUGCCCCAGCGGUGUGUGCCCAAAGACACCUGUAGUCUCCACAGAGAGAAUGAUCAGAUUAUGACCAACCUGGAGCAAUGGGCGAAACAGCAGAAGGUCGCCAAUGAGAAACUAGGAAACAAGCUCCGAGAGCAGGUGAAAUGCAUCGCCAAGCUGACUGGGGAAAAGGACAGGGAACCAAGCAGAGCCAGCAGCCCCAACACCACCCAUCCUUCCUCUCCUUCCCACAGCCACCUCCACAAUGUAAUGGUCCACCUGCAGCAGGAAAACAAGAAGCUGAAGAAUGAGAUAGAAGAGAAGACGAAAGCUGAGAACACGAGGCUAUGCACCAAAGCCCUAAGCCCAAGCAGAACAGAGUCCACACCGAGGGGGAAGGUGUGCGGCACCUUGGGCUGGAAGGGGUUGUCCCAGGAUGUGGGUCAAAGAAUGGACCUCAGCAAAUACAUCAGGAUGCCCCACUGCCCAGGUAUGUCUGCCAUUUGUCAAAAAUAAGUGUAAUUUUUUUUUCUUUAAAUCGCUGGAUGGAGAAUUCAAGUAGGAAGAAGAAAAUAGGUCUUUUGUGACCUCAAGUCAUUUUCUUAGCUACUUGAGACCAAAGAUGGUGGUUUUGAUGUCUGUAAAGGGAGGAGGCAAAUUAAGACCCCUUCUGAUCAUACCCAAGUCUAAGAUCAUCUGAUCAUACCCAAGUCCCUCACAUCUCAGACCUGUCCCCCCACACCCCGACCCAGACCCAUCUUGGAGAACAGGUAGAAAAGGCAUCUCCCUUCUGUGUCUGGAAACCCUGUAAGAGCACCCCAGCUACCUACUCAGCCUGAGUCCAUAGCCACCUUUCCUGCUACCCAUAAACUCCAUGUUAUCCCAGAGGCAAGAAGUCACCCUGCAGCUGAGCUGUCUGGCCGUGCGGCCAGUCCUCAAGAAAUCACCUCAUUAAUUUCUCCUCAAAUCACAACUCUCAUUUCCUCCCUGUUCCCUCAGGUUCCUCGUAUUGCUAGAAUCCACGUCGAGCCCUGAGUCACAUUUCCAUGCGUGUUUCUUCAGAGGAUAGUGAGUUCCCAGCCCUCUCUCUUGACCUGGAUCAGCUCUUACAGGAAUAUAUCAAGGUCCCAGCCUAUGUUGUAAGAUGCUAACACUUUGUUGAGUUUAGCCUGCUUCCUGCAAUGGAGUGAGCUUUAGAACCUUACUGCCAUUUCCAGGCCCAAACUCUGAAAUAAAGACAUGAGCAUGA